AUGUCUACCGUCGUGGAGAAAGUUUCUGACGCAGCCUCUGCUGCCGUCAAUGAAGUUACGAACACUCUGGCCAAUACCUCUAUCGCUGGCAAGACCGCCGAGGACAACUCGGCCAACAACGAUGCUGUCCUUGCCAGCGCUGCCGAAGGUGCGCCGCUUGUACAUCGGAAACCUGGCUUAUGCGACAACGGAGGGGGAGUUGAAAGACUUCUUCAAGGGUUACCUUGUGCUGCCUCUCCGUUUGCCGCUGGCCUCGAAGGUCUCAAGAUCGGCAUGGGUAGAGGGAGUGCUUGCAUCAUCCAAGAAGUCAUGAAGGUUCGUCUUCUUCCCGGGGAAGCUGGGGACAGCGUCCCCCCGUUCGCCGGUAACCCUGCCAAGCCUAAGGUCAGGGUUGGUAGCAUUCAGAAUGUCGGGCCCAUGGAUAAGCUCAAGGAGCUGUUCAAUGCCUACCAGCCCUUGUCGGCCAAGAUCGCCCUGCGCCCGAUUCCCCGGUUUAUGAUCAAGAAGCUCCAGGCUCGCGGCGAGCCCCGCAAGGGCCGUGGCUUCGGCUUCGUCACGCUGGCCUCGGAGGAGCUGCAGCAGCAGGCCGUCGCGGAGAUGAACGGCAAGGAGAUCGAGGGCCGUGAGAUCGCUGUCAAGGUUGCCAUCGACAGCCCGGACAAGACGGACGAUGACUUUAAGGCCACCGAGGCGGAGGACACGAACGGCACCGAGCAGGUUGAGGCUGCCCCGGCUGUCGCGGCCGCCUAA